UUCUCACUCAAGAUCUAACCGGAGAACGAAGACUCCGCCGAAUCGAAGUUCUUCCACUUCAUCCUCAACAAAAAAUGUCUUCCUCGAGGAAUCUACCCAAGGAGAAUCCACUUUCUCGCCCCAGCGUAGUGGCCAAGACUCGAGCCCCACUCGGCGACGUCGUGAACCGCCGUAAUCCACUCGGAGACAUCACGAAUCAGAAGACCGGAUCUAGAAUCUCCGCUCCGUCGUCUACUCUCGUGCAUUGUUCGAAUAAGAUCGGGAAAUCAAAGAAGGCACCGAAACCUCCCAAAUCGAACGUGCUCGUUCCUUACGAAGACAUCGAAUCAUCCUUCGUUGCAGAGUCAGAUUUGGGAAAUGAUGAUGAUGAUGAGGUUGAUGAUAUUGAUAGUAACCUCGUGGAUCCACAGCUUUGUGGUGCCUUUGCUUGCGAUAUCUACGAGCAUUUGCGUUCAUCCGAGGUGAAGAAAAGGCCUGCUUUUGAUUACAUGGAGAGAGUUCAGUCUAACAUCAAUGCUAGCAUGCGUACUAUACUCAUUGACUGGCUCGUUGAGGUUGCUGAAGAGUAUAGGCUUUUGCCAGAGACGUUGUAUUUGGCGGUGAACUGUUUAGACAGGUAUCUUUCAGGGAAUGUGAUUACCAAGCAAAACCUGCAGUUGCUUGGUGUUUCGUGCAUGAUGAUUGCAUCAAAAUAUGAAGAAGUGUGUGUGCCUCAAGUGGAGAGUUUCUGUUACAUCACUGAUAACACAUACUCAAGAAACGAGCUUCUGGAGAUGGAGUCUUCUGUUCUGAAUUACUUGAAGUUCGAAUUAACAACUCCAACAGCAAAAUGUUUCUUGAGGCGCUUUGUUCGUGCUGCUAAAGGCAAAAAGGAGGUCACGUCACUGCUGUUUGAGUCACUAGCGAGUUAUCUCAGCGAAUUAUCUCUCUUGGAUUACGCUAUGCUUCGCUACGCUCCAUCACUUGUUGCAGCCUCUGCUGUUUUCUUGGCACAAUGCAUAUUACACCCUUCAAGAAAACCAUGGAGCUCUACGUUGGAGCAUUACACAUCGUACAGGGCUAAACAUUUGGAAGGAUGCGUUAAGAAUCUUCUUCAGCUAUGUCAUGAGAGUCCCUCAGCCGAUGUAGUUGCAGUCAGAAAGAAGUACAGUCAAGACAAAUACAAGUUUGCAGCAAAGAAGUUUUGCCCCACCUCACUGCCACAAGAGCUCUUCCUCUGAUUGGGUUUCUUGGUGCCUCCUUUUGUUUUUUCCUCGUCUUGUUGAUAGAAACUCAUUAGCUCAGACCAAUGUAUUCAGUUCGAUUGAUGUGUAGGACGAACGUAAUGAACAUAAAACAAUAACAAUAAAAAAAAAAGAAAAAAAAAU